CAAGACGCCAUGGGGAACCUUUCUCAAGUAUCACAUGUUAAAGGUUUCGAUCCCUCACAAAAAACGAGUGAUGAAGAAGCACCUAAGUGGGUUACUCCAGUAUCAUCCUUCAAGCCUGUAGAUUGGAGAACACCCACUCUCAAAGAUAUGGAAUUACAUGACGACCGGGUGAACGACGAUGAUUACUCAUUAGUGUUUGUCCAUGAGGAUUCAUGGGCUAAACUGAUUCAUUGGUGCUCAACUACCAAACAGCACCUUAAAAUUGGACCUUCUAUGUACACAACUGAGUUAGCAGAACGUAUUAUGGGACCUGCAGUGUGGCUGCAAAAUCAAGAAAUUGAUGCUGUGCUCUUCUUAUUUCGCGAGAGGACUUCUUUGAGACGAUGGAACCCGUCCAAAGUAGCUUUCAUGAGCUGCAUAUUCAGUAAUCAAAUGAAGAAUUCUUACACUGAGUUCAAGAAAGACAAAAAAAAUUCAGGGUAGAAGGACUGCUCCAUCAGUACGGAAUUGGUGAACUUCCUUCACACGGCCGAACAAGACUAAUGUGGGAUCUUGAUGUCAAUCGUAUGUAUGUGCCUCUUCUUGUGCACGGUAACCACUGGAUCUCUAUGUGUGUCAACUUUGUUACUCGUUCCAUAGAAGUUUUUGACUGUGCGGGACUGAAACACAACAAGGACUUGGAGCCAUUUGCACAUCUCAUCCCAAGAAUUGUCAAAGCCGUGCAGUCUUCAGAGAAGAGGGGAUUAACCGUUAAGCCCUAUGAUGUCACUUACGCUCCAAUGCCCUGCUUCCUAAAUAAGACUAGCAGCGAUUGUGGAGUAUAUGCGUUGAAGCACAUUGAAGCACAUCUUCUAGGCAUGGACUUAACGUUGGUGAAUGACGACAACAUUCGUGAAGCUCGCCAGAAGAUUGCUUAUGACUUAUGGGAAGCUGCUAAUGAUCCUGAGCUUAUUUCGAGAAUGGGAAAGUACGUUCCUCCGAAGGCUAUAGCUUCUCCUACGGUUGAGAUUUUAUAAUGCUAUUUUCACUAUGUCUUGUUCACCAAGUAGGUUGAUAUUGACUCUUUUAGUUACUCUUAUAUGACUCGUAACUAGCAUUGGUUUGGAUCUCUUAUUUAGCAUUUGAAUCUAUUAUUUACCAUUGCAUU